CCCCAACUCUGCAUGAACGACAUUAACCAUGCUAUAGCCAUCGCAUGAAAAGGUUAAAAGUAGAAGUUUCUUCAUCCCUAAAAAUGAGAAAGCAGCUGAAGAGUUCUACUCAGACACAGACACUGAGGCUAGAGUUGAAAUUAGAGAAAAACUAGCAAGAGCGCUUGAUGGAAAACUUGCUUAUAAAUUUAAUAAGAAAAUUACCGACCUGACUACUCAAAAAGAGCAAUUAAAAUCAGAAUUAAAUCGUGUGAAACGGAACAUGCAUGAAAUGAGAAUGAAGUACUACAAAGAGCUAUCAACCAUCAAACAAAUAAGUAUGAUGGACCCACAAAAGCUUAAAGAGGUUGACAUAAAGUUCUUCGACCCAUCCCAAGGCCUAGACAAAGAUGUCACCGACAUUCUCAAUGAAAAGAUCGCUUAUGUGAAAGAACAGUUUGAAAAAUAGAAUCGAGGACCAUAUCAAAUACCAGACUGAGCUCAUGAUUGACUUGGCGAAGUACAGAGCCCUUACUCCUGAGAGUUAUGCCUUCAUGAAUUAUACCUUAGAGGAGAUAUUUGGUAAUAUCAAAAUCAUCGAGAGUGAUUCACAAACUGUCUGGGAUUGCCUAAAGGAAACAUACGGAAGCACCUUCUUCCACCACCAAGUCCAGAGCGAGUACUCACAAAUCUUCAGUCAUAAAGACCAAGAAUUACUUAAGAAAGAAAUCGCAAAGAUUAGGGAAGAAGCUGAUCGAAAUCUAGAAAAUGUCACACAAAAAUGAGAAAUUGAGAUCAAGCACAUGCGAAGUCUAGUUGAUGCGAAAGAUGUUGAAAUGAACCAACUUAAAGCAUCCCACAAGGAUCAAAUCGAUUUCACUAAAGUGCUUUACAAGGACAAAGGAUACAGAGAAGCUGAGCAAUUGCAUCAAGAAAAGAUGACUAGGCAAGUCUUCGCUUUGUUACCUUCUUAGAGCGUUCCAAGUCCAUGAUCAAGAUAAAGCAGAACUCUAUCAACAACUUAAGAAAGCUGAAGAACUGAAUGAAAAUUUUGAUGUUAUCUUAAAAUAAGGAGCAACUCAGAAGAGGGAUAAUGCGAUGGGCUUUCAUGGCAGCUAUCAAAAACAUGAAGGAGAAGAAGAAAUUUGACCUCGAUGCUGCCGAGCUCAUUGAAAAGAUACUAAAUGACAACAUCCGUGCUGAGUAUGACGAGAAGACAAAGACCCUUAGAGAAGAUCUCCAAUUCCUUCGAGACGAGAACACUAAUUUAGGAAUUGACCUAGCAGAGCUAAAAUAUGAGCACCAUUCUGUGGUCGAGGAGAGAAAUAGUCUCGAGGAGAAACAUAACCAAGCCAUAAACGAAAUAUACAUGAUCAAUAGAUCUUUAGAAAACAUGAAGACAGCUGACAGGAAACUCCAAUCUGAAUAUGAAAGUUUGGUGAAGGCUCAUGAGCAUUCCAAAACUCUGAUCCGAACACUUGAGGAAGACAAGCAAAAGCUCCAGAAUGAACUUGAAAAACAUGUGAAAGGGUUCAUGAGCGGAAUUUUGACAAAUAUAGCCUCUGUUGAGAAGAGCAAAGUUAUGCACCAUCUCUCAGAAUCAGAACUGCAAAGUCUUGCUAAGAUAAAUAAAGCAGAUAUAAAAUCUGAAUAUGCUCAGACCACCAUUAACGAUAUCAACAAUAUCUUGGUUGUGAAGAAACCUGACCAAAAAGAUAAACCUGAUAAGCCAAGCAAGAAUAUUCCGAUUCAGACCAAUCUAUCGAUCCCAGAAUCUGCUGAAUUUGACCCUGCAGUAGUGCAUGCCCAAUCAAUUACAGGAAAGCACCAUAAAAAUAAAUUGAGUCAUGCCAAUACGAUAAAUUUUAAGAAGAAAUCAAAUGAUUUUAGUGCAAAUCCUGCGAAGGCAGCUAAAAAGACUCAAUCAAAAGGAAUUUCUCCCAAAUUCCACACUAAAAUAGAUCAUCAUGACUUAAUCAAUGAAAAGGAGGAAUCAGCUGAAGAGUCAGAUCUAGCACUGGAGACCUCCCACAAGGCUUCAUCUAGAUUAGGUGGGGAUGACCUCCAUGAAAGCUUAAGUAAAACUAUGGAGCAGAGGUACACAAAGGGUAUUCGGAUCAGGACCUCUUCUUCUAAAAAUCACCCCAACUUCAACAGAACUGAGCAGAUGAAGGAAGACAAAUAUGGUCAUAUUUUCCACUUUGUUAAGACAAAUUUUGAUAAAAUUAUUGAGAAAUAGACAGCAAAGACUCUUCAAUGCCGAGGAGCUAGAGAAAAAUGAUGUUUAUCACAGACUCUUCAAAGACUCAAAAAUAAAGCAAGUUCAAUCAAAGGAGUUUGUAGAAUUUCUUAAAAUGAAAGAGACUGAAGAAUCCCGAGGAAAAAUAUCAGGCAAGUUCCUCCCAUACAAUAAAGACAAUGCUAAAGACGCACAUCAGCUAAAGAUUUCUGUACAAAAAUAAGGCUCCAAAAAUGGAUCCCUCCACAUCGUGCUUGUGCUCUAAAUUGCUUCAAAAAUUUAAUGUUUCCAAAUAACUCCAAAGAUUACGAAACGAGCACUCUCCAAGAAGUAGAUGAUCUAUUUGAGGACUAUAAACUUCAAGAAAAGCUUGACAAAGGAGAGAUCAUCAAUGCAAAUGAGUUCAUUACUCCUGGAGCACAUGAGAAUACGAAUCAUAAUUAUAGUUCUUUUCUUACUGAACCAGUCAACAUCCAGAUAACUAAAGUGCAAAAUGACUGCAACGCUUCUCAAGAAAUUAAUCUCAAGGAAAAGAUUCACAUUAACAAGGAAGCUUUUAACUCUCGAAAGUUGAGUUCAAGAAAGGGAACUAAAAAGAUUCGAAAGCUAAAUUACUCUUCUAAUCAUGUCUCCAAGCGAGGUCUUUUUCAUGUUGCUAACAGCCGAUUGAAUUUAUCCAAACGGUCUUUGGCUGAAACCCAAAGUAGCAAGCCUAAACAUCGGAAACAUAAUAGAAGUUUGAUGAUGAUCAGCUCGAUUAGAGGCAAAAUUCUGCCAACCCCAAAGCCAAGUUGUUCUGGUCAGAAGUACAGAAAAUAUAGCCAUGUUGAGACAAGAAAAUAUCAGCAGUCUAGCAGUAAAUACUAAUUGUAAAGACAAGAGUACUUUGGUAUAUUUAUCACUCACCAAUGCUGAGUCAUUGUAUUCCAUACCUAAAGAAUAAAUAUAGCACAAUAAAAUCUAUCAUAAUUGCUUCUUUUUAAAUACA